AUGAGUAAGAAAGGGUUACUGGAGCGACUGGCGGAGGGCCCGGUGAUUGGUGACGGGAGUUACGUCUUUACCCUGGAGAAGCGAGGGUACGUGAAGGGCGGGCCAUGGACACCGGAGGCGGCCGUGGAGCAUCCAGAAGGAGUUAAACAGCUGCACAGAGAGUUCAUGCGGGCAGGAGCAGACGUUCUCCAGGCCUUUACCUUCUACUCCACGGACGACAAGCUUCAGCUGGCCGGCAACCUGGCGGGCGAGUCCGUUACUUGUCACGAUUUAAACGAGGCAGCCUGCAAGAUCGUACAGGAGGUGGCGGCGGAGGGAGACGACGUCCUUGUCUGUGGCGGUUGUUCGCCCACGCCGUCAUACAUGGAGAAAAAAGGCAAAGAAGUAGUGCAACAGGAGUUCAAGAAGCAAGUCGACGUCUUCGCACACAAGGAAGAAGUCGACUUUCUACUUUGCGAGUUCAUGGGUCACGUGGAGGAGUGUGAGUGGGCUAUAGAGGUGAUGAAGGCUGCCGGGAAGCCUGUAGCCUGCACCAUGCGGAUCGGACCGAAGGGUGACCUGAACGGGGUUCCGCCGGGGGAGUGCGCCGUCAGGAUGGCAAAAGCCGGAGCCGACGUGGUUGGGAUCAACUGUAUGUACGACGUGAACACGGACCUAAAGACGAUAAAGACAAUGAAGGCUGCCCUGGAGGAGGCCGGCCUGUCUCCGUACCUGAUGAUACAGCCGCUGGGGUACCACUGUCCGGAGGUGGAGGACAUGCUAGAGGGGUACCUUCAUCUUCCUGAAGCUCCAUUCGCCAUGGAGCCCCGUCUGCUGACCCGUUAUGACGUCCAGAAGUUUGCGCGUGCGGCGUACGAGCUGGGUGUCAGGUACCUGGGCGGGUGCUGUGGGUUCGAGCCGUAUCACAUACGCGCCCUUGCGGAGGAGCUGGCACCAGAAAGGGGGCGCUUACCCAAGGCCAGUGCCAAACACGAGCCGUGGGGUGGUGCUCUAAGCGGAAGCAUGUUCGACUUCAUAAGGAGAAGGGCGAGCCGUGAACACUGGGAGAAUCUGAAGCCGGCUUUGGGUCGUCCCGACCACCCAGUUCUCCAAACUCAUUUCGACUAGCGACAAGCUGCGGGCUCUAAAGAACACAGGCGUGUUCUUAGAACUGGCGUAUUCUAAGAACAGAUGUGUUCUAAAGAACAGAUGUGUUCUAAAGAACAGAUGUGUUCUAAGAACAGAUGUGUUCUGACGUGUUCUUAGAACAGGCGUGUUCUAAAGAACACAGACGGGUUAAAAAGAACACAGAGACGAUUUCUUAGAACUUUGUGUUCUAAGAACAGACGUGUUCUGGGACAUAAAAGUUGUCCGUUCUCCUAGCACUUGCCUGUUAUACAGGCGAUUUUUCUAUGUCUUUUAAACUUUUAUUCAUUACUUUAAACAGUAAUCCAGACUAUAAUUUUUAAAGGGGAUAAUUUUGUCUCCGCAAAAUAGCAUGCAAAGUCAAUCAUUUCCCUGAGAUUUAAAAGAUAAUAAUUUUUGAUCACAUAGAAAAGAAAUCAAAUAUGUUAUUUUAAUGGAAACCCCCGAGUCUCUAAAUAGCAUCUUUUAACAAUUUUCUGAUGUUGGUGGUGUUAGAAUACCUUGGUGACGAUUGUGUUUUUCUUCCUUAUUCACCUGCUGAUUUUAGUUAUAUGGGAGAGUAAAGAAUAAAGCCUAUCUUAACUUUAAUGCUAUUACCACCAUUCCAAAGGAUUCUGUGCCAAAACUGGACGCGUGCCAUUUGGCAAAUCAAAAGCCGUUAAUGUUGCAAACUCCCUAUGGUGGUGGUGUUGCAGUUUAAAUGUUUUCCUUGAUGGUCUGGGUCUAGACGCGUCAUUGAUUAUAUUAAGGUAGAAGUAGGUUUAAGGUGCAAAUGGAGGAUUUCUAACAUGUGGGAAAGGGGGCUUAACAUUCUUUUCCUCCUGGAAAGGACCCAGAAACAGUCCUUGAUUCGAACGAGAGAAGUACACUUUGCCAAAGUCUUCAGUAUUGAUCUAAGCGGCCUUAGGCGAACCUCGCUACGCAUGUUUGAAUCGGUUUCGUAAACUAUAAGCAAAAAUAUGCA